AAGUAAUCGCAAUGGCGGCGUGAUUUCGUGAACUGUGAUGUGUUAGUAGGUACCUAGGAAUUUUGUAGAAAUAUCAAAAACUUUUCAGUUUACUUUGUUAUGGGAAAAUAAUAUCUCACAUCUAAAGUGGGUCGCUUAACUAAUUGAAAAACUUUGAGUUGAAAUGUGUGUUGUGUUUCAAGUAGCUUUUGUGUGUUGGUAUUGAGGGACUUUUACUUGGCGUGGUAAAAUGACGCAGUUUUUACCCCCAAAUCUUCUCGCACUAUUUGCGGCGCGAGAUCCUAUACCAUAUUUGCCACCAGCAGCAAAACUACCACAUGAAAAGAAACAAAAAGGCUACGAUGGAGUCGGCGCUUUUCUGCACUUAUUUGAGCACCCCUCGGAAACUCCGCCACCAACCAGGGUGGAGACAAGAGAAGAAAGACUGGAGAGACGCAGAAGGGAACGAGCGGAGCAGACCGCUUACAAACUGGAGCAGGAGAUUGCUAUGUGGGAUCCAAGCACCAAUGAUAAAGCCACUGGUGAUCCCUUCAAAACACUAUUUGUAGCCAGAAUUAAUUAUGACACAUCUGAAUCUAAACUCAGAAGAGAGUUUGAGGGAUACGGACAAAUAAAAAAGAUAUACAUGAUAUAUGACACAGAGAAUGGAAAGCCGAGGGGCUAUGCGUUUAUUGAAUAUGAGCAUGAACGAGAUAUGCACUCUGCAUAUAAACAUGCUGACGGUAAGAAGAUUGACGGCAAGCGAGUGCUCGUGGACGUUGAACGAGCUAGGACUGUGAAGGGAUGGUUGCCAAGAAGACUAGGUGGUGGCCUGGGCGGUACGCGGCGUGGCGGCGCCGACGUCAACAUCAAGCACUCCGGCCGCGAGGACAACGAGAGGGAGAGGGAGCGAUACCGCCUCGAGCAGCGGGACAGGGAUAGAGAUAGGGAGCGCGACAGGGACCGCACGCGACGUCGCUCGCGGUCGCGGUCGCGCAGACGCUCGGGGUCGCGCACGCGCCGCCGCGACAGGGAACGCGAGAAACGGGACGAGGAACCGGCGGAGAGACGUCGUCGGCGGUCGCGCUCACGGUCGGAGCGGCGACGCGAGCGACGCGACCGCGACAAGGAGCGCGACAAAGACCGCGACAAGGACCGCGACCGCAAGCGCUCCCGCCGCGACCGCGACCGCAAGGAGACCAAGGUCAAACCCGAAGACAUCAAGAUCAAGGAGGAGCCUCAAGACGAUUACCCCGAGUUCAGCCUGCCUCCUCUGGAUGUCCACAUCAAGCAAGAGCCAGAGGAUGAGAAUAAAUAUAAUCCGGAGGACGCCAACGGGGACGACUAUAAUUAUUAGGAUUUUAGGCCAUCCAGACUCGCAAAUUCUGUGGAAGCGAGAAGGCAAGACACUGCCUAAAUUCUCUUCUCGAAAUGUGUACAGAGUCUGGUUAGGAAUUAACACUAGCUAAAUAGGUUAUGACAAUAAUUUUCAUCGCAAGUUGUGACCACUUUUACAUAUUAAGCAGAACAUAGCCCUCCUCACACUUUAGCUCAAUUAUAUUUUACCGAGAUGUGUAAACUGUCUUAUGAUUUGUACCUUAUAA